GUGGCAAUGGUGAGGAAGACGAAGUGAAAUACACACUUUUCGCCUCCAAACAUGCAAAAUCUGCAUUCUGGGCAAAGAGACAUUUCGAUACGAAGACUAUUUGACUAGCAUUUCACAAUGUCUGAGAAACCCUUGUCACCAACAGGAAGGAACGAAUCGCCUGAAGUAACUCCCACAACCCAGCCACCGACAGUCCCCGCCCCGCCAGGAGAGGCUCCGAAAGUGAUUCCUCUAACCCUGCUCACAAAUCGUCCCACCAUAGUUGACUGCCCAUAUUGCCAUGCACGAACAGCAACUCAGACUGAAAUGAUUGUUGGGUCGAGGGCUACCUGCUGGUCAUGUGUGUGCUGCAUCUUUCUUGGCCCCCUUGGUGCUCUCAUCCCGUGCAUUAUGCCAAGUUGCAAAGAUUGUGAGCACUACUGUGGGAGCUGCGGUAGGGUGCUCGCUGUCGUUGAACGGCAAGGAAACGUACGAAUCGUAUAUUAUGAUAGUAGAGCGAUAUGACGUUUAGUGUCAGUGGAAGGGUGCGCCUUUAUAUCUGGUUGCUGUCAUGAUCUGUCCAAGAUAAUGACUGUUUGGUCUUUUCAAACAUCUCUGCAACAGGUCUCUCUAUAAGACAUUUUGGGGUGUCUUCGUGAGCAACGACGAGGAGCCUAUUUCCGCACCCCUAGGUCUCUUUUGAUGGGCAAUCUGGAGAUCGUUCUGUGCCAUGUGUCACAAUAUUGAUAUAUUACAUAUGUCUCUACGCGUAUAUGCUGAAGCUAUG